UGAUUUUUUUUCCUCGUUUCUUUUAUCUCUAGUUUCUACUUUAGUAGUUGGAAAGUAGCGCCCAGUUCCCACGGUCGGCGGUAUUCCAUUUCCUUCUAGUGUGCAGUAGCAUUUCCAUGCUUCCUUUUAUGUUUACUUAUGCAUUUAGUCCUAUUGUCUUUAUUUUUGGCCUUCAGCAUUCUUCUUGUUCAACUGCCUAUUGUUGUUUUGUUUAACUGACUUAUGUAGCUUACAAUUUCCAAUUGGCAGUGUGCUGUGAGUUUCAGUUCAGAGGCCAUUCCAAAUGGCAUUGGGUUUGGAGGGUGAGUUAAUCACUUAGGCCAUGUUCCUCUCAGCAGGCUUUGAUCGGGGACACACUUUCUCUUGCACAACAUUCAACAGCCCUUGCCUUUCAAAGAACAGUAAAAUCUGCCCAGAACUGAUGGAAUGCUGAGGAGUUGUGAGGAAAGGAAAACUAGAAGAAAGAGAAGAUGCUCCUAAAGGUACUGUGUUAGAAAAAUUUAAGGAGGACCAGAAUAUGCUCAGUAUGGUAGGGAUUGCAAAUGCUAGAGAGUAAAUGUGAUCAUCUUUGGCCUGCACUUUUGGAUGUGGCUUCAACAUUCGGAUCAGUGCUUAAGAUUUCAUUUCCAUCAUUUUUUCGAGUUUGAAUGCAACAACUUCGGCGGUAACACUCAAAGCUUCAAAAUCAAAUCUAAACAAAACAGAUAUCUUAAUACAUCCUUCACACUUUGGACCUAUUCUUUACGGUCCAUUUGUGCUUUGGUUGUCAUUUUCUUUGCAGCAUAUAGUAACAUCUCUCUCUAACCGUUUAGCAACUCCUUCACCAGAAUCACCACAGCUUCUCCUUCUUUAGACUUUGCUGGAGGUUCCGUAACAUCAAGGUAGCAUCUAACGUAGACUUUAUCUUUAAAAGAGCUGGCAUUUCUAGCAACUACGUACUUUUGUGUAUUCUUCAUCUUCUGCAGCUUCCCGGGACUUAGGAUUUGGGUACUUGGUCAUCAAAGUAAUUUGAUGCAGUUCACUGGGUACUCUGUUAGUCCACAGUGGCAUGGUCUCAAAAAUAGUUACUAUUUAAAUCUCCAAAUGUUUAUAAAUAAAUAUAUACUCUUGAAAAAAUAUGCUAUAUAUCCACCAAAUGUUUAUUGCAACGGCAGCAAAUAAAGAUGUUUAAUCAAU